AUGGCUCGUUCUCUGCCCUUCAAGGUCACCGGCAACAUGUUCUCCGCAGUGGACGAUGUCACUGCAGGUGAUGCUUCUCCAGCUCCACGUGACGCUUUGCCGCCUUCUGCACCGAGGAAGAAGAGCAAGUAUGCUCACAUGCUCUACCAAGAAGACGAGGAAAUACAAGAUACUGGCGAGAUUGCUCCCGCAACUACAAUGCGCGAACAUGUCGCUGCCUUCAUGGAGUUGACCGGUGAUGGCGAUGUAUCUCCGUUUCUGGAGAAGCUGGCUGGCUACGACCUCAACGCCAUCCACAAGGAGUACCGUGGCAGCGACAAGCCAGAUAUCGGCAAAUUUCGAUACAGGCGCCAGAUGCUGCUGGUGCUGGUGGUGACUGAGGACGUCCAGACGGAUGUCCAGACGGUCAACUACGUCAUCUUCGCCAACUGCAUUCGCCCUGCCGACGGGCAACAGGACGCUGGCAUUUCCAUGAAUAUGUUCCACGAACCAAUGGAUUCGGCGGCCGACGUCAAAGACUUCGGGGAGCACAUCGCACGCGGGCACAACAACUUCAUAGAGUUCGCGGUGGCAAGGAACUUGAUGAUGACAAACAUCAAUCUCAUCAAGCCCAAGGAAGUCAAUGCUGGCGACUAUAGGCGUCGUCCAAUCUGGUCAGGUUUGACAACUGGGGAAUUGGAGAACAUUCGGGCCAAGGGAACCGACGCAACUCUCGUCCCGGACAUGGAUGACUUCGAGCGCACAAUCCUCUUCCUAGAUCGCGCGGUCCAACUUGCUGUCUUCCGCCGCAUCGAAUUUGCGGACAUGCCUACGAUGAAGAAAUUCGAAAACUUCUUUUUUGGAAGCAUGCAUCUCUGCUCAAAGUAUCGCAACUUCUGGUACUACCAGUUGCAGUUGGAGAAGCCUCACGAAAAGACGGGCGAGCUCAGCGAAAGCGCCGAUAUCUUCAACAGUAAAUGCAACCUGGAGAAGUUGCAACCGCCAAGGUGGAUGUCCUACAGGUUCCCAUCCGUGCAAGAUUGCGCCUUCCUCGUUCGCCUUGCUCUCGCGCGAGAGCGCAACAGCCAGAAGAUGUUGAUUGAGAAGAUGUCAGCCUCUACCAAGGGGGACUGCAAGGCACUACUCGAAUCCAUUGAUGGGUUGAAAGGUGGAUACUACGUCAAGAUCCGCCUUCCCGGGACUCAAAAUAAUGAGGACGACGACUUUGAGCUUGUGAAGCCCAUAUUAGGUACGCGUGUCAUGAUUCACGUAUCUAUCAUGUGCGGUGAGAAGAUCAGCUACGAGGGACAAGUGGUGGAAGCUCCUGGAUCUGAAGACAUUGAUGUUGACGAAUCCAAAGACUUCGACUUCGUAGUACAUGUAAUCGGUCGUCCGUACGAAUUCGGUACCACUACACACGUUGUCAACAUUGAGUACAUUGAUGACAAGACGACGGCUGAUCGCGCUCGAAUCGCCACAGAGAACAUGGCUUCUAUGAGCCUCAAGCGAACAGAGGGUGUUGACAUGCAGGGUGUCAUCUUCCGGACACAACCCACGAUCGCUCCCGAGAACUUAAACGCUGGCAGAGACAUGCACCCGGAAACUCUCUGUAAGGUUCUCGAGGAUGUUAAGACCAAGUGGCGUCUCAAAAAGACUCAAAUUGACGCAGUCAAAGAGACACUUGUCUCGGACAAUGGGCUUGCUCUAAUCUAUGGAUCUCCGGGCACGGGAAAGACUACGACGACGGCUGCGGCGGCACACGAGCAUUGCGAAAUGGGCCGGAAGGUCAUUUACGUUUGCAACUCAAAUAAGGCGGUCGACGCCGCGCUGGACUCAUUCCGCAAGAAACAGAACCCCAAAAUCUCUGCCAUCCGAUUUGUCGGUGGCUACCAGACCUACGAGAAGUACACACAGGCGGUGGUGCCUGGGGCAAACUUGGAAGAGCUAGUCAGUGCUAUCAAUCCUACAAUGACUGCGGCCAUGAAGGCGAACCCUGAUACACUCUUCCACGUCCAGCUGCGUAAACAGAUUGAUCUCUGGGCCGCCGCUCCGGAACACAAGAUGCAUCGCGAGGCCAAAGAUUAUGUUGAGAAGCUUGCUGCCGAUAAGAACACAAAGGCAUCCGACAAUACCAAGGCUUCGAAGGGUCUUCAGGAGAUGCUCACGCAGUGGUUCGUCGAGCACAACAUCGAUAUCAUCUUCACAACCUGCUCGAGCGCCAGCCAUUCUUCAAUUCAGCACUUCAAGCCUUCCUCUGCUUUCAUCGACGAGGCUGGCCACGCCACCAUUCCGGAUGUCUGCAUGGCCGUCGACCCGUUUAAAGAGCAUGUCAAGUCGCUCACUCUGUCUAGUGACUACAACCUGCUCAAGCCAAUUAUCACCACGUGGAAUUCGAAUGAAGCACGCUUCAUGUUGACAGAUUCUCUCUUCCGACAACUGAUCAACGACCCAGAUAGGGAUAUGAGAUAUGUCACACUCAGGGAGCAAUAUCGACAGCACCCGGAUCUCAGCGCAUGGGCAAUUCAAACGCUCUACCAGGGGAGGGUCAAAGAUGCGCCAUCUGCAUCUCAGGUUACACCUGUUGGAAGGACGGUACGACAAGUUUUUCAACAAAUGGGCACCGGCAGGAAGAAUAAGAGAUGCCGGAUGGCAAUCGAUGUCUCCGGUGAUGAUGCUGUGUCGAAACAUUUCAAAGACACCACAUCCUAUUGUAACUCAGAAGAAGCCCGCAUCAUUGUGGGGCUCGUACGCGGGUUGCUGGCGUUCAAGCCAAAUCACACGGCCGGGGAUGAACACAAGUUCGCUCGCAUCCAACCCGCGCACAUCAACAUCAUCACGCCCUACAAGGGACAACAGCAUAUCCGCAACAUGCUCAUGGAGAAAGUUCAAGAGUCAUCAGAAAGCGAAGUGCUCGUAAAAAUGGUUACCGAUGGGGCCGUCAAUACAACAUGGGGUACUCCGGGCAGUGAUGUCGACAUCGUCUUCAUCUCGCUAUGCGUGCGCAAUCCUAAGAAAGCAAUGGCUAACAAAAAGUUCAUUGCGUUGGGAAACGCUUUGUGUGUACAGAAUACGAGGGCACGCCAAUUCCAGGUAACUUGCGGAAACUGGAAUGGCUGGCUCGAAGCAGCCAUGGAAUCCACGGGUGGUCGGAUCGCAUCCGACCAUCACAAGCCUUUCGUUAGCUUGACCAAGGAUAUUUACCAUAAGGGAGAUAUGGUAGCCUGGCAAGACGUCGAUGCGACUUUGCUUGCACAGACCCCUGUGACACUGAAGGCGAGCCAUUUCUAUACGAACGUGCGUCCGAACAUUAACGCAGAGAAGUAUCGCGCCGACCUAAAGAAGCCUACAAAGCGCAAGCAGGGGGGCAGUGCGUACAGCAUGAGCUCGAUACGCUCUGAUCUUCCGAGUAGUGCUGCUAGCGUGCCAGUUCCGGAUCAACCAAAGACUGUUUCGAAUAGGGAGCUUAAGAGGCGGAUGCAUGCGGCAAAACAUGCCAAAGAUCAGGGUGUCUAG